UCCCGCUCUCCAGUCUCCACCUCCACCUCCGUUCUUCUAUGAUUCUUUCUUUGAUGUCUAGCCUGUUCGCGUAAAAUAUUCUAAUAAAGCAUCAGAAUGGCUGUGGAAACUGGCGCUCAGCUCAUUGCCCGCACACUCCGCGACCUAGGUGUCACAGUCAUCUUUGGUAUUGUUGGAAUUCCCGUCGUCGAGAUUGCGGAGGAGGCCAUUAACCUGGGCAUCCGGUUCGUGGCAUUCCGCAACGAACAGGCUUGCAGCUAUGCAGCCAGUGUGUAUGGGUAUAUGACAGGACGGCCUGGUGUCUGUCUUGUCGUGGGAGGGCCUGGAGUUCUCCAUACGAUGGCAGGGAUUGGCAACUCUUCUGUAAACUACUUCCCCCUUCUUGUUCUCGCUGGGUCUGCCGAGACCUCUGCCAUCACCAAAGGCGCGUUCCAGGAAAUGGACGCCAUCUCCCUCUUAACGCCCCACACCAAGCUUGCCGUCCGCGCCUCAUCCCUCGAUUUUCUCCCCGGAGCAGUCAAGAAUGCCUACAGGACCUGCUGGUAUGGUCGUCCGGGGCCAACCUUUGUUGAUCUCCCCGCAGAUAUCAUCCAGGGAAAACUAUCCCCGGAGUUCCCCCUCCCACUGCCGGAGAACAUCCUGGUCGCUCCGCCUCCAAGGGCAGGCGGUGAUCCGGCACUGAUCCUGAAGGCGGUCGCACUGCUGAAGGCGGCUCGUGCGCCGCUGCUGAUUAUCGGUAAGGGCGCUGCGUAUGCGCGGGCAGAGACUGGAAUCCGCAAGCUCGUAGACCAGACGCAGAUUCCCUUCCUGCCCACCCCGAUGGGGAAGGGCGUGGUACCAGACUCGCAUCCGCUGAAUGUAUCCAGUGCUCGUAGUGCCGCUCUAAAGAACGCCGACGUGGUUCUCGUUUUAGGCGCACGGCUGAAUUGGAUCCUGCACUUUGGGGAAGCGCCCAAGUGGUCGCCCCAGGCGAAGAUCAUCCAGGUUGAUAUCGCGGCCGAGGAGAUCGGGCGGAAUGCUGGAAACUCGGAGCUUGGAAUCCUAGGCGAUCUCGCCCUAGUGGUUGAUCAACUCACCACCUCACUGUCGAACUGGCGAUACUCGCCAUCCGGCCAGUUCCCUGCUUUACUUGCGGAGUCGGCAAAGAAGAACGAAGCGAGAGCCCAAAGGGCAGCUCUUCUUCCAACACCGCGGGGGGCGCCCUUGACCUAUCAACGGGCAUAUCACAUUAUCAAAUCAACGCUCAAUUCGCUCACUCCCUGUGAAGACGGCGGCAUCGUGUACGUUUCCGAAGGAGCCAACACCAUGGACAUCUCCCGGUCUAUCUUCCCGUUGUUUCACCCGCGCCAGCGUCUUGACGCCGGCACCUACGCCACCAUGGGCGUCGGCAUGGGCUACAUUGUUGCAGCGCACGAAGCCUUCAACGCCACCACCACCCACCCGGGGAGCCGCAACAAGCCAAAGAAGAAGAUCGUCGCGCUGGAAGGGGACAGCGCCUUUGGAUUCAGCGCCAUGGAAAUCGAGACCCUCGCCCGCUACCGUAUCCCCGCGCUCAUCUACGUAGUCAACAACUCGGGCAUUUACCACGGCGACAGCACCUCCGAAAGCGCAUGGAAGGCCCUGCAGGACCAGACGGCGUCCAACGAUACCAAGGCAGAUGGGAAAGACACAGUCAAAGGUCUCCGGUCAACUAGUCUGCUCUACGAAACCCGGUACGAAAUGCUGGCUACGAUGUGCGGAGGGAGGGGCUACUUUGUGCGGAAUGAGCAGGAACUCGAAGCGGCCACGCGCGAAGGGUUCCUGAGCGACACGGUCACGGUGGUGAAUGUGAUUGUUGAGCCGGGUAUUGGUAAAGAGAUUGGCUUUGCGUGGCAGAAUAAGGGACAGGAGGGACAGGCGAAGUUGUAGUCUGCUUACUUGGUGAAAUAUCUUGUACAAUUCCUUCCUUCCUUCCUUCCUUCCUUCCUUUUCUAAUGUCCAUGCAUUUGAUUUUGCAUAAAACGGUCAAGUUCUAGUCCGUAUAUACAACAACGCUUUCAACUGGACUCUAUAGAACGAACAUUCUUUGGGGCUAACUUGAUGGGUGGGAUCUUGCUUACCCUUCCUUACAGAGUACAGAGUAACUAACUAAUAUAUAUAUAUUAUAUAUAUAUUCACAUUAACUAGGCUAACAAAUUAUAUCGCGUUAUUAUGCUA